CCCCGGCGGGGUACGGUGGCCGGCGGGGCAGGUCCAGGGGUUGUCGUUUGGCGGUAGCCGGAGCCGGCCCGGCGGGACCAUGUCGCUGCUGCAGUCGGCCUGGGACUUCCUGGCGGGGCCCGGCUCCCUGGGGGCCGCCAGCCGCGACCACAACGACUUCGUGGGGCAGACGGUGGAGCUGGGGGACAUGAAGCUGCGGAUCAAGCGGGUCAUCGCCGAAGGUGGGUUUGCUUUUGUAUAUGAAGCUCAAGAUCUUGGAAGUGGCAAAGAUUACGCUUUAAAGAGGUUAUUGUCUAAUGAAGAGGAGAAGAACAGAGCUAUUAUUCAAGAAGUUUGUUUUAUGAAAAAGCUUUCAGGUCAUCCUAAUAUUGUCCAGUUCUGUUCUGCUGCAUCAAUAGGAAAAGAAGAAUCUGACACUGGGCAGGGCGAGUUUCUUCUGCUCACCGAGCUUUGUAAAGGGCAACUGGUGGAAUUCUUAAAGAAAGUUGAAUCCAAAGGGCCCCUCUCCUGUGAUACAGUUUUGAAGAUAUUUUAUCAGACCUGCAGAGCAGUGCAACAUAUGCAUAAACAGAAACCACCUAUUAUUCAUAGAGAUUUAAAGGUGGAGAACUUGCUGAUUAGUAACCAAGGGACAAUUAAGCUGUGUGACUUUGGCAGUGCUACAACUGUAGCACAUUAUCCUGAUUACAGCUGGUCUGCGCAAAAGAGAGCAAUAGUUGAAGAGGAGAUUACAAGAAACACAACACCAAUGUAUAGGACUCCAGAAAUGAUAGACUUGUAUUCAAACUUUCCAAUCGGUGAAAAACAGGAUAUAUGGGCCUUGGGCUGUAUCCUUUAUUUAUUGUGCUUUAGGCAACAUCCAUUUGAAGAUGGGGCUAAGCUUCGCAUAGUCAAUGGGAAAUACUCUGUUCCUCAGAAUGACACUCGAUAUACUGUGUUCCAUGAUCUCAUUCGUUCCACUUUGAAGGUGAAUCCAGAGGAGAGGUUGUCAAUCACUGAACUUGUGAAUCAGCUGCAGGAGAUUGCAGCUGCCAGGAACGUGAAUCCUAAAUCUCCUAUCACAGAGCUCCUGGAACAAAAUGGAGGCUAUGGAAACAAUGCUGUGCCUAGAAUGUCUACAAGUUUGCUGCCACAGGGCUCUAAGCCUGCAGGACAGCUCAACAAUAUGUACAAUGCAGGCUUGACAGUUGCAGAACUUGACCAGUCUUACGGAGGGUUCUUUGAUAUUCUCAAAGGUGGAACAGAACGAUUUUUCACAAACAUCAAGGAUACUUCUUCUAAAGUUAUCCAGUCUGUGGCCAAUUAUGCAAAGGGAGAUUUGGAUAUAUCGUAUAUCACUUCCAGAAUUGCUGUGAUGUCCUUUCCAGCAGAAGGUGUAGAAUCUGCCAUCAAAAAUAACAUAGAAGAUGUGCGGCUAUUUUUAGACUCUAAACACCCUGGAGACUAUGCUGUUUACAAUCUAUCUCCAAGAACAUACAGGUCUUCAAGAUUUCAUAAUAGGGUUUCUGAAUGUGGUUGGCCAGCAAGACGUGCACCAAAUCUUCAAAACCUUUACAGCAUUUGCAAGAACAUGCAUUUAUGGCUAAAGCAAGAUCACAAAAAAGUUUGCAUUGUACACUGCCUUGAUGGAAGAGCAGCAUCUGCUGUUGUAGUUUGCUCUUUUUUAUGUUUUUGCCGUCUCUUCACUACUGCGGAGGCUGCGGUUUAUAUGUUCAGUAUGAAACGCUGUCCACCUGGCAUUUGGCCUUCUCAUAAAAGGUAUAUAGAGUACAUGUGUGACAUGAUGGCAGAAGAACCCAUUAUUCCUCACAGCAAGCCAAUCCUUAUCAAAUCAAUUAUCAUGACACCAGUUCCUCUGUUCAGCAAGCUGCGAAAUGGCUGUAGGCCUUUUUGUGAAGUUUAUGUUGGGGAUGAAAGAGUGACCACUACCUCACAGGAAUAUGACAAAAUGAAGGACUUCAAAACUGAGGAUGGCAAAGCCGUAAUCCCAUUGGGUAUAACAGUCCAAGGUGAUGUUCUCAUUGUGAUCUAUCAUGCCAGGUCGACAUUAGGAGGCAGACUCCAAGCCAAGAUGGCUUCAAUGAAGAUGUUCCAGAUUCAGUUCCACACAGGUUUUGUGCCCCGGAAUGCCACCACAGUGAAAUUUGCUAAGUAUGAUCUGGAUGCUUGUGACAUUCAAGAGAAAUAUCCUGACUUAUUUCAAGUGAAUCUGGAAGUAGAGGUGGAGCCCAGAGACAGACCGUGUAGUGAGCGAGCACCAUGGGAUAACUUGAACAUCAAGGGACUGAAUCCCAAGAUCCUUUUCUCCAGUCGGGAGGAACAACAAGAGAUUUUAUCGAAAUUUGGUAAACCUGAGCUACCUAGACAGCCAGGUUCAACAGCACAGUAUGAAGCAGAAGAGUCCAAAUCGGAUCAGUCUCCCGAAAGCGUACCUACAGAGCCGGACUCUCCACAGAGCAGCAGCACUGAUGCAAAUAACUUCUUCCAUACUCUGGAUUGGGAAGAAGGAAAAGAUCCAGAGACUGGAGCAGAGGACCGCUUGUCCAAAGAUAAUCAUCCUGGACUGAUUGAUGACAGGGAUGAAAGUGACCCAUCAGAUGAAGAAUUUGCUGCAUUUCCUAGUGAAGGAAGAACAGAAAUAGUUGAAGAAAAAGAAAAACCCAGUCCUCCAGAAAAAGAUGCAGAUAUAUUCUUUGAAGCUAAUUUUGAAACUCUGUCUGCCCAACCACAAGAACCUCCGUUGGAAGACCACAUAGAUUUAUUGGGACUAGACUCAGAUGUUCCAUCAGAGCAGACUCAGACUGCCUCAGAGAUGAAGAGCUCAUCUAGUAACGCAGACUUACUGAACAAUUUGUUUGUGGGUAGCACAUCGCAGGUUUCAGAAGAGUUUACUGAGGACCUUUUAGGAGAAGGGGCAGACUUCUUUUUCAGCAGUCAACCUCAGCCUUCAGCUAGUAACCAGAGUACAUCUCCACCCACAACAUUGUCUUCUGCUGCUGAUCCGUUUGACCCAUUCACAAUGUCAUCAGGAUCCGAGAAGCCGACUCUGUCUGGUCCUGAUCUCUUUGAAGACUUUCUUAAUCCAAAUGCAAUAUCUACAUCUAGUAUAUUUCCUUCCACACACAGCGCACCACCUCCUUCUUCCAGCUCAGACUUCUUACAUUUAGGAAAUUUGGUGCCAGACCUUCCUAAAAUGACUUCCUCUGCAAGCCACCCAGAUCUUUUAAGUGGAUGGGAUUCUUGGGCAGAUUCCCCAGCUACAACCAAACUAGCAUCACAACAGCUGAAGAAGCCUGCACUUGAAGGCCAAGCUCUUACUACAGGAAGCCAGACAAGUGUGCCUUCAGGUUUGUCUUUCAGCCAAGCAAAAUCUCAGAACUUCGACCCCUUUGCUGACCUUGCUAACCUUAAAUCUGGUCUUCCAGGUCCUUCUGGUGGUGGAUUCCCAGCUGGUGGGUUUGGUCAGAAGUCAGCUCCGUCCCAGAAAGGAGGGAAUCAGUGGCAGACAAAGAAACCACAAAAUACAGGUACUUCGUGGCAGUCCCACACUCAACCACAGCCAGCUAAAUCCAGCACACAGAGUAAACCCAACUAUACCGUGAACUUCAGUGUUAUUGGAGGCCGAGAAGAGAGAGGUAUCCGAACUCCAGGCUUUGGACAAAAGCCAAAAGUUUCAGAAAAUGAUUUUGAGGAUCUAUUAUCUAAUCAAGGAUUUUCAGCUAAAUCUGACAAAAAAGGAACCAAGACAAUUGCCGAGAUGAGAAAGCAAGAAAUGUCUAAAGACAUGGACCCUUUAAAAUUAAAGAUUCUAGAUUGGAUUGAAGGAAAAGAGAGAAAUAUAAGAGCAUUAAUAUCCACUCUUCACACUGUGCUCUGGGAAGGGGAGAACAAGUGGAAGCCAGUUGGCAUAGCAGACCUCGUUACCCCUGAACAAGUAAAGAAGUACUAUAGGAAGGCAGUACUUGUGGUUCAUCCAGAUAAGGCCACAGGACAGCCUUAUGAACAGUAUGCCAAAAUGAUCUUCAUGGAGUUGAGUGAUGCAUGGUCAGAGUUUGAAAACCAGGGAUCAAAAUCUCUUUUCUAAAACUUCAUCUGUAUGGGAUUUUCAAAAUGUAUGUGCAGCAAAAUGGAGUGGAGUAUUGUUAGUCUGAAUUUCUUAUCUCUAGGAUUUAGGAAAGAUUUUUGCAUGAUUUCAGCAGUUUGAAAUUAUGCACUCAGAAGUGGGUGAUACAUUUUUGUGAGAUGCAGAAUCCAGAACAUACACAGAUGCACUCAGAAAACAACUGCUCAAUGCUUCAGAAGCUUAGCCUGAGAACAGAUCUUUCCAUUGAGGUUAAAUAUGGUGAAAUAUAAAUAACUUUAAUGAUGUCCCCUGAUUUCUGGCGUAAUGGUAUCAAAAGCGCAAGCCAUUCCAAAUCCACUGAUUUUUUGUUUUUCUUUAAAAGAAACACACAACCUCAAUUUGUACUUUAUAAUUUCAAUAGUUAUGAUUUAAUUUUGAUGUUUGGUGCCGUCGCCUUAUUCUAAGUGCUUUAGUUAUAUUAUCAGCAGUGAAUUUGCUCAGCAUAUCUUUUUGUUGAAUCUAUAAGAGGUGUACAUUUUCAUCUGUAUCUUGUGUAAUCAUUCUGAUGAUCAUUCUGUAAAUAAUUAAAAUAUUUUCUGACAAUACCUGUGUUCCUUACAAUGAAUUGACAGUUGCUUAGCCAAAAAGCUCCCAGGUAUGGGCAAGUCAGCCAGGAUUAUUCUUGAUAUAUAUUUUUUUAAAUGUGUAUCAUGAACCUGGAAACAAAUCUUAGCUUUAAUAUAAGGACUGCACAUUCCAACCUUUUGUUAUUUAUUAUGAACUUUUGGAAGGCACCACUAUGACUAGUGUUUAUUUUCCUACUCUGUGAAUUUCAGCUUUUAUUCAUAUUUUUUUUUCAGUGGAAUGUGCCUUCCAUUGGCUUUAUAAAUACCAUACUAGAAAAAAUGUUGACAGUCAUUUAUUCUGCAACUUGAAAUGUGAGCACAAAACAGUUUACUCUGCUUUGAUUUGUCUGUUUUAACUGAGUCAAUGUUAUAUUGUUAGCUAUCCUCUUGAAAGCAUUUCCUGUGCUUAUGCUGAGAGUAGGAUACUUACGUUGCAUAUCUAAGAACUUGAUUUUUAGAAGCAUGUAUGCACACAGCUAUGUAUGCAAAGAACAAACCAGUGUGUAUAGUUAGGGCAUCAUCUACUUGAUGUACACUGUGAGUGCACUGGCUGGUGCAAGACUGGUUAAGAACCCAGUGUGAGAACACAGCUCACUGCACUGUUGUUUCUCAUCUCUUUAAAAAAAGAAACAAAACCCAGAAAUUAACAUGUACAAAUAUAUGGAUAAUUGAAUACUAACAACCAAUGACUAUUGUACAGUAUUAUAUAACUCCAAACUGUAAAUCCCAGUUCCUGGGGCUAGUUUGCGAAUGUUUGUUAGUGAUACUUAAGUUUUGGUGACAGUCUUGUGCACUGCAGCUUUGCUACCCAAGUAGCUUAAAAGAGGUAUUUUUAAUCAAUUUGCGUUUGCAUCCAAUUUGGAUUUUUAACUGUGAAAGGAACUGCAGUGACAUCAAGGUAGCUGUCUUACAAUGAGCAUCUUCUAAUUUUUCUAUUCCGAUUAUCCCACAAUUUGCAUGAAAUGAGGCUCUCCACUGCAAAGUCGAGAUCCCAGUGAAUGGGUUGGAGAAGAGAUUGUGUGAAUGCUGGGUACACUUAUGGGCUCCCACCAAACUCAGAUAUAACACCGUUGAACUGUUACCUCUGUGUAAUGUGUGUACAUAUAUUUGGUCACUGUGAAUUCUGAAAGAGUGAAGGAUUAUUGAACUCUGAUCUGAAUUGCAAAGUAUGGGCUUAUGCCGGCACAGCUCUGAAUUAGCUUUAAUCUCAUCGGUGGUUCUUGGAAUCGACAUGAGCAGGCACUCGAUUAUGUGUGUGUGUGCACCCACAUGCACAGUUGUCGGAGACUUUUGCCUUAGCUGUAUCCGUAGGAUUGGCUGUGAUGCCCUCUAGAGUGCCGUGCUCAUGCAUCAGUACAUCAGGCAACACCGGCCCUAUGCCCUCUCCGUUCCUUCUUGCCGCCUGUGCUGGUUGGUCAGAGUGCCUCACAGGUGGUCAGCGGUUCUUUCCCUUUGAGUUACAGCUGUAAAUAGUUUUGUUUGUUGUUGCUCUUCAGUACUGCAGUUAGUCAGUAAGGAUCCCGGUGGGGACUUUGCACCAGGCAGGGCAUGCCCCGGUCACUGGGUUUUAAGCCCUGCCUGUUAGUGAUCUGCAUGGCAGCUGUCUGAAGUGCCUGGGGGAAUCCCAGGUAAAAGAAAAGUGUUGCAUCUGUAAGAACUUUCAUCCCAAGACACAGAAAGAAUGCAACAUUCGUUUGAGGGCCCUCCUCACGGAGGCUGCUCUCCAACCUCAGAGCUGUCCCGGCCAGACGCAACUCCCAGCACUUUGGCCUCAAUGUGUAGUGCACCCCUGGCACCGGGCUCUACCCAGCACUGAUCCCCAAGAAGAGGCCUAAAAAGUAGGAACCAGCACCGAGCAAGUUGGAACAAGGGGCAUUCAGUAAAGGACCCUGUUUUGGCCACCGGCCCAUGCCAGAGUCGCAGGGAACGUGUCCCUGAGGGGGCCUCCUACCUCCCAAGGGAUCUGCCACUCAUUCCAGGGAGUGGUAGGGGACUCAGACUUACAGCAGAGUUAACACCUUCCCCGCUCUGAGAAAGCAAAGGAUAUGGCGUGCGGUGAUGGAUCCGGCAAAGGCUCCCUACAAGGGAAAGCCAGCCACGAAAGCCUCCCAGAAGGCAAGUGAAUGCCACCGGUUUCUGGAGCUGGGGAGGACUCCUUGUCGCCGCAUCCCUGGUUUCCUCAUCAGCCCAGGUCACCGGUUCACCAUCACAGAUCACCAGCACUGCCCUCCAGGUUUCCAUCCUCUCAUCGGCUCCAAUUCACGGCGCUUCCCCUUGGCCUCUCCUCAGCACCACGAGUAUUUACAAAAUGCCUGGCCCCAACAGUCUCUUACCUGAGGCAUCGGGAGGCCCAUGUCUAUCCUUAUCUCGACAAUUGGCUCAUCAAGGGCAGGUCAUGGGAUCAAGUGCAGAACAGUCUCUCGAUCUAGUGUGUUCCACCUGUCACGACCUGGGCCUAUUAGUGAACGAAAAGAAAUCGGUCCUCAGACCAGUGCAAUGAAUAGAGUUUUUAUUGAGGCAAUCCCAGGGCCAGCUUUAGGCACUGGUGUUCCAAGCAUGUGCUUGGGGUGGCAUUCCGGCUUUGUGUGUGUAUGUCU